AUGAACCUUGAAAGUUCGCCUUGUCUGCCAACACCUAAUACUAUAAGAGAACCUCUGAUAAACAAUACCAAAGAAAAUGAAUCCAACACUAUAUCUACUAAUACAGGCUCUGUUGUUGAGCCAAUACCAAUUGAUGAUGGGACAAAUGUAUGCAAUGAUUCUCUAGAUGUUAUACAUCUUACACACAGCAGUAUGGACAAUGAUACCAACCUUUAUCCUACUGUUAAUGUACUCAAAAAUAAAAGAAUUCCUAUGAAUGAUGCUGAACAGACUGUUAGUCCAAAACUGUCUCUGUAUGUAUGGAAUGUGCAUUUCUACAAUGACAUGGGUGAUGAGGUAUACUUUGAUGCAAGUGGAUACCCACCAUCUAUUUUUGAUAUUUUUAACUGGUAUGUGACACAGAACGGGUUGUCUACUUACACCAAGGUUGGAAACUAUGAAUCUGCAACUUCAGCAGGAUCUAAACUGGUCAUAAAUGAUGAGCUCAUGGUAUGGAAAGGUGGACAACAAAAGGUGCCACUGUCUGUCUGUACUACAAGCUGUUUACCUGGACACAGAAAAGCUAACCAGCGAGGACAGCCUAAGUGCUGCUUCAUCUGUAUCCCCUGCUCUGAGGGUGAGAUUGCUAACCAGACAGAUUCCACUGAUUGUCUGAGAUGCCCUGAGGAUCACAUGUCUAAUGAGAGACGAGAUAAGUGCUUUCAGAAAUCUUUAGAGUUUCUUGCCUAUGAAGACCCUCUGGGGGCAACACUUGCAGCCUCAGCCUUAGCCUUUGCAAUGGUGCCAACAACAAUCCUAAUCAUUUUUAUUCAAUAUAAGAACACUCCUGUAGUUAAAGCCAACAACCGAGAGAUCAGCUAUCUACUUCUCAUUGCUUUGAUAAUGUGCUGCCUCUGCUCUUUAGUUUUCAUUGGCCGACCCAAUAUGGUGACUUGUGCAAUCCGACAAGCUGCCUUUGGCAUUGUAUUUACACUAUGUGUCGCCUGUGUGUUGGCUAAAACCAUCAUGGUAGUCAUUGCAUUCAAAGCCACAAAUCCAAACAGUAACCUAAGGAAAUGGGUGGGGUCUGCAUUGCCCUACACUAUCAUCUUGUCUUGCACACUCUCUCAAAUUAUUCUCUGCAUUAUCUGGCAAUUAACAUCUUCUCCAUUCCCAGAAACAAACAUGAAAUUCCUGAGCGGGACAAUAAUAAUUGAAUGUAAUGAAGGUUCCAUUGUUGCAUUCUGGUGCAUGCUGGGAUACAUGGGUUUGCUUUCCUGUGCCAGUUUUUUAGUGGCAUUUCUAGCUAGAAAGCUACCUGACAGUUUUAAUGAAACCCAGUUUAUAACCUUUAGCAUGCUGGUGUUUGUCAGUGUAUGGCUCUCAUUUAUCCCAGCGUAUCUCAGCACAAAGGGGAAGUACAUGGUCGCUGUGGAGAUAUUUGCCAUCUUGUCUUCCAGUACUGGCUUGCUCAGUUGUAUAUUUCUACCAAAAUGCUACAUCAUUAUCUUUCAGCCUCAGAGAGAUACGUUUAAUUUCAUAAAAAAAUCACAUUUCACAAAAACAAAGACUAUUACAACUGACCUACAACAUGUUUCAUCAAAAUUACACAUUACAAUCACAUUUGAUAUAAAAAUGUGCAGUCAUAUAGAAAAAUCACUGCUGGUGUGGUCUUGGAUCAUAAGAAUUAUAAUGGAAAUUUGUGUUGCUCAGUAUUUGCACCUUGCUAAUGCCCACUGUUAUGGUGGAUCUCCAACUAAAGAAUUUUGUGUUUGUACACCAGGAGUGAUUCAGUAUGUGAUAAGCUUUCACUUUUCUCCAUGGUCUUGUGCCUCAGAUGUUAGUACAUUUAAGUAA